ACUUUCACACAAAAAUUCAAUGAUUUUUAUAAAAGCUAGCAAGUGGAUGAUGAUAAAUUUAGUCCACUGAUUACCAUCACUGUCACAUUGUCUUACAAUGUCUGCUACCUUGAAGUUUGUUAUCAUCAACGCAAAUUUAAUCCUCAUCAUCUUACGGGAGCUGGUCAUGGUGCGGGCAAUAAUUGUAGAGCGCAAUCAGCACGCUUACUACAAGCUACCCAUAAGACCAAUGGAAUACUCGCAAGAAUAUCAUAUAUUGCAGUGCCCCUUCCAAAAUACCACAGCUAUACCCACACCGGAGAAUAUGGAGAUUUGCGUGAUUGUUAACGCUUACAGAGAGGACGUGAAAAACGUGACUAUUGCACGAACAGCAAAAACUCCAUUACAUACAAAAGUUAAAUACCAAAUGACACGUAGAUAUCGAGAGAAUCCCAAGCGGUUAAGGAAAAUACGAAAGAUACACCCGUAUAUGAUAGUAAUUAGGCCGAUACGAAUGAGAGCCGAAACAAGUUGCGCCUUGAUAGCCAAAUCUUUGGCUCAACAACAAUCCCCCUCGUAUCAAGAACAUUUGGGAAUUGUGAAGAAGGACAAUAGUCGUACGCUUGAGCAUAAAAUAGCGUUGGAUGGACAAAAUCCGACCGAUCAACGAAUGCUCGAUACAAAGCUGGGUCAUGUUUUCGCAAAAGUCACGCCAAUUGCAGAGAAUGCGAGCGAGGAAGAAAAUACUGAAGCAAACGAUCGCAGAAAAGAGGAUGAGGAUGCCAUUAAAAAUGACGAGGUCAGCUCGAAAGAAUUGUCCGACGAAGAAUACCCUGAUUAUGACACUCGUAUGCUAGACAAUAAGAGCGUGCCGGAAAACUCGGUGUUAAGAUAUCUUGGUGCUCAGGCGGCUAUCAAAAAACUAAGUCAAAAAUACAAAACAGAUAAACCUCCGGGUGAGCAUACUGAAAAGUUUUUUAAGGAAUCUAAUAAUUAUCAAGCUGGUGAAAAAGUGCAAGGCUUUCAAAACUAUUAUCAUAGGGAUGAGAUUUUCAAUGAUCACAUUUUUUAUGAUGAUCUUCAGCAACAUGGACACUACAAUGAUCGUGGACGAAGACAUGAAAGCAACUGAAAUGUAAUACUGUUUUAGGAUAUGUUCGAAACUAAAAUAAAAUAAAAAAUAAUCUUUAAAAUAGAGCAAA